GUCACCCUUUACACCAGAAAGCUGGCGGGCACUAUGGGGAAAAAACAAAACAAGAAGAAAGUGGAGGAAGUGCUGGAAGAGGAGGAAGAAGAAUAUGUGGUGGAAAAAGUUCUUGACCGCCGAGUGGUAAAGGGCAAAGUGGAGUACCUCCUGAAGUGGAAGGGUUUCUCAGAUGAAGACAACACAUGGGAGCCAGAAGAGAACCUGGAUUGCCCUGAUCUCAUUGCUGAGUUUCUACAAUCACAGAAAACAGCACAUGAGACGGAUAAAUCAGAGGGAGGCAAGCGCAAAGCUGAUUCUGAUUCUGAAGAUAAGGGAGAGGAGAGCAAACCAAAGAAGAAGAAAGAAGAGUCAGAAAAGCCACGGGGCUUUGCCCGGGGUUUGGAGCCAGAGCGGAUUAUUGGAGCUACAGAUUCCAGUGGAGAGCUUAUGUUCCUGAUGAAAUGGAAAAACUCUGAUGAGGCUGACCUGGUCCCUGCCAAGGAAGCCAAUGUCAAGUGCCCACANUCUAUUGGAGAGCAUACAUGGGCAGGUCAUUCUGUCUUAGAGGUGCUAAUUCUUGAAAUGUGA